UUAUUACGGAUCGCUUUGCAAAUAUACUCUGAUGAUUUCGUAAAGUUAAUAGAAUGUUAUCGUAUGAUGGUCUCUAAUAAGAUAAGCAUGGCCACACCUACACGUGCAAACGCUUGCAUGGAAAAUAAUCCACUUGCUAGUUGUUUUAUUGCAAGGGUAAAAGGAGAUUCGAUUGAAGGAAUCUAUGAAAGUUUAAAAGAUAUCGCCCUGAUAUCAAAGAAUUGUGGUAGUAUUGGAAUUGACAUUACAGACAUACGUGCAAAUGGUGAUUACAUUAAAGGGUCCAGUGGAUAUUCUUCCAGUAUCUGUAGGAUGCUUCGUGUUUAUAAUGAAACAGCCAAGUAUGUUGACCAAGGAGGUAACAAACGUAAGAGAGCGAUCAUGAUAAACCUAGCGAUCUGGCACUGUAAUAUAGAGGAGUUUUUACGAAUCCGCCAUGAGUCACAGGUACCAGAGUUAUGUACAACAGAUCUAAAUCACUGUAUUGCCAUUCCAGAUAUAUUUAUGGUACGCGUUCUAGAUGAUGAUUACUGGACCAUCUUUCACCCAUGGAUGCAAAGACAUUACUAG